AUGCUUCGUCUUCUAUUUACUUACUUAUUGUUAAUAUUAAUAUCUAAUAUUAUUUGUGAUGAACCACCAUGUCCAACACUUGAUGAUUUUUUAAUACGUUCACCUUAUCUUGCACAAUUUAAUCCUUAUUUAUAUGAAGGUAUUUGGUAUGAAUUAGCUUUUUAUGAUUAUACACAAUUUUCGAAAGCUUGCGGGUGUACACAUUUAAAUUGGAAACUUUCAAAAACAAAUAUAAGUAUCUAUUCAGAUGAUUUUAUAACGAGUUGUCCAUAUGAACCUAUUUGGCUUCGAAAAAAUUAUACUGUACAUAUGAAUGGAAUUGUUAAUGAUAAAUAUUAUCCUUUUUUUAUACCUGAAAUAGGUUUUCAUAUACAAUUUAAUAAUACUGUUGUUUAUUAUAGAAACAAUGAAAUAAAUAAUAAUAAUUUUUAUGAUCGAGCUAUUCAAUAUCAAUGUAAAGUUGAUCAUUUAAAUAAAAGAAUAUUUACAGGUAUUAAUUUUCUUUCACGAACUUACUUUAAUUCUGAUAUUGAACGUCAACAAGUCAUUAAUGAAAUGAUUAAUUCAGCUGUAAAUGCUGGUGUUGAACAGAAAUAUUUACAAGAAUUAAAAAUUGUACAAUGGAAAAAUUGUUAA